AAACUUUUAGUACUGCUUAACCUAGUUGCUGUAACUUUUACGACAUAAACAUUAUCGUAAAUUGUCAUCGCCAGCGGCAAGUUCGAACGUGCAUUAUAAUUAAGAUUUUGGGAUUAGUUUCAACACUGUCCAAUAAACUGUGAGAGAUGUUUAAUUAAAAAGCAAGGAAAUGGCAAGUGCAUCAAUCGAUAUAGAUUCACCAGACCUGUGUCUCAUUGACUGUGGUAUAUCUAGUCUCCAAGAAAUUCCACUAAAGUCGCAUUUGGUUUCACUGAAUCUUCACAGCAACUACAUCAGCUGUAUAGACUGCCUAAGCCAUUUGAAGCUUCUGAAACACCUUGAUUUGUCAGCCAACCAGAUCCGUGUCAUUGAAGGGCUUGAUGGUUUGGCUUCUCUGAAGACAUUGAAUUUGUCAUGCAAUUUGUUGAGCUGUGUGGAAGGACUGUCAAAUUUAAGACACCUGGAAAAAUUGAAUUUAAGUUACAAUCAGAUUGAAGACCUCUCUGGUUUGAAGACAGUGUCAGGCCCAUCAUACAGUCUCUCACACAUAGAUCUCCAUGGCAACAAGCUGUCAUCAGUAGCACAUAUAGCACAGUGUCUGUGUCGGCUAGUCAACCUUAAACAGCUUGUUCUAAGUCUGGAUGGAUCCAGUAAUCCUGUGUGUCAUAGAUCAGGUUAUGAACAAGAACUGAUGUCAAAUCUACCUCAGCUUUAUUAUCUGGACGGGAGGGACCGGUUGGGAAAUCUGCAGUCCAAAAGUGAUACAAAUGCUCCAGGGUUAGAUGAAUUUUUGGAUUAUCUACUAUCCAGUGGAGCAGAUUCUGAUACUUUUAAGGAAUCAAACAAAACUGAUUUGAUAACACCAAGGAUUGAUAAAGCUGUAGAGAAGUUCCGUCAGCGCCACCAUCAGCAGCCAAACGUAGAAUCAUCCUCGGCAGAUACCAGUGUAAUACAGUCUGUCACUGAUACUGAACAAAGUCCUUAUCCAGCUAGGAGUCAUCCAAUAGUUAAGGGAAAGGAAGAGAAUUUAGAGAAAGAUCAAGAUCAGAGAUUAGAACAGCUUGAACAACAGAUUGCCCAAUUACUGAACAAAGCUAAGAGUGAUAUGGUUGGUAGAAGUUCAAGUGAAGACCUGCCAGCGAGCUCAAGUACAGCAGAUGGUCCAAGAGUAACAAGACAUAUCGCUGAACGAGAUAGAGCAUUGUCUGGGGACAGUGACAGUGGGCAUGCUGUGGAUGAUAGAAAAACAAAGGCAAAGAAAUCCCGCUUGCCGAGUUACAGGAAGAGCACAGCUGCUUCAAGAGCUAGGAAAGAUGCACAAACUAAGAAAUUAGAAGACUCUGAUAAUGAUGAGAGAAGAGCAAAGUCACCGUCAACAAGAGGGGCAGGAGCUGAGACAGAUGCCAAGAUCAGAAAUGAUAUCCAGUCGUCAUAUACUGAUAUCAUGCAAGAAUUGGAAAAAGAAAGAGAAAGAAGAUGGAAGGCUGAAGCUGCUGCUAAACGACUGGUAGAACAUAUACAGUCACUUACAAGUAAAGCGAAAGAGGAAGGAGACAUGAAGGAUUUGGCUAUUGAUGCAACAUCCAGGCUGAAGCAAGCCGUAAUGAAUGAGCGGGAAAUUAAACUGAAUUUGCAGAAUGAGACCGAUAGACUGAAGGAACAGCUUCAAGAGGCCGUAGAACAUUUAUCAAAGAGUAGACGUGUCCAGGAGGAACAGACAAAGGCUAUCAGACAGAUGGAGGAAAUGGCCUCAAAAGAGGAGAGGGAAAAAAUGAAACAGCAAGCACAUGAUCAUAAGAAGCUACAGGAAGCAUUGAUGAAGAGUGCAGCCCUCAGCAGGGAAGUUGACUUACUAAAGAAUACCUGUGACAGCCAGAAAACUCAGAUUCAAUCUUUACAGAGCUUGCUGGCCUCCAGAGAACAAGAACAUAGGGAGGAGAUGAAGAGCCGCUAUGGUCUGGGAAGUAAGGAGAUGCAGACGGCGAUACAGGAGGAAGUGAAACGGAAUGAGAAAGAAUAUCAUCAUCAGAUGAAACAGCAACAAGAAAAAAUUGAUGAACUUGGUAAACAGUAUACAAGUUUAGAAGAUGAGUUCAGACAGGCUCUGCAGAUAGAAUCCAGCAGAUUUCAACAACUGAAGAGUGCAUUUGAGACAGUGAGUGAGGAGAACGCAUCAAAUAAAGCAGCAUUAUUUGCAGCACAGAAAAAAGAUGAAAAAUCAAGUGACAUCAUUGCUGAACUUACUUCCUGUGUUAAGGAACAAAAAGGACGAAUAUCCGAGUUGUCAAAAGCUAAGCAAGAGCAAGGAUCACAGUAUCGGGAACGUGUAAAUGUGUUAGAAGCUCAUGUCGAAGAAGCUCGAAAACGAAUGAUACAGUUUGAACUGCUAAAACAAGAUAAUAUCAAGUUGACGUCUCAAGUACAUGGCAUGGAAUCCGUAAUUGAAGGUUUGAGGGCAGAGAGAAAAUUGUGGGAACAAGAAUUGGCCCAACAAGGUGCAUCUCUUGCCCAAGACAGAGGAAGCUUAGAGGCAAAGUUGGAGGCACAGAAGUCAGAAAUAGCCAUGCUAAAGAAACAGUUGGAGAGAGAAACUGAUGGACUCAAGAUCAAAACAAAGAUGUUAGAUGAUCAAACAGAUACCAUCAAGAAAUUAAAAGAGGGUGUACAAGAGAGAGACGAAGAAAUUAAGAAGUGUAGACAAGAAAAUCUCAAGAUACAGAAGAGCCUUGAGGAGCAGCUGGCAGAGGAAAGAACAAAUAACCAAGAUAGUCAGGAGAUGUUGGAGAGGCUAAGAGACAGAAAACAGGAUCUGAAGCAACAACUCUCGGAGUUACAGGCUGAGCUUGAUGAAUCCAAAAGAGCACAUAGUAUAUUGAACAAUAAAUGGAAGGAAAAGUCUCAGCUGAUUGGUCAACUUGAGCAGCAAGUUCGAGAAAUGAAAGACAGCUGGGAGAAAAAAGAACAAAAACUCUCACAAGAACGAGACAAAGCCCUACAAGCUGCAAACUUAGCAAUAGAUCGGCUUAAGGCUGCGGAUGAUUCAUUUCGAAAACAGUUGGAAGAUAAAGUGCAGGCGUACCAGGAGCAGAUCAUGCAAAUAGAACGUGAGAAGCAGACAGAAAUAGACCAAGCGUACAUGAGGGUAGCAGAAGUGGAAGAAGAAAUGCGUGAGUUGCUAAAUGAGAAUCAAGCCUCAAAGAAAGCAAUGGAAGAUAAGAUGAAACGUCUUACACAAGCAAUGACCGAUUUACAGACUGAUCUAUACCAGUGAUUAUGCUGUGUACGAAGGGAGAUAACAAACAUUGUAUAGUGUUGAUAUUUGAAGAAAACGAAAAAUUUGAAUGUGAAAAAACUUAUUAUUAUGAUAAUAGUUAUGAUAUUUUCAAAGCUGUGAUAUUAUCUUGAAACAUAGAUCUCUUACUGAAUAAUCGUUUUCGAAAAUAGUCACUUAUGAAGUCAUAAUGAUCAUAUGAUCAUAUGCAUAAUUUUUACAUAAACAGAACCAGCAUGAAUGUACAUAAGUAUUUCCAUUUAUGCUAGAGACUUCUCUACUGUACAGAUGGUAACUUUUGCGCAGGCUUUAUUCAGCAAUUUUAUGGUUAACAGCUUAAAUUUAUUCUCUGUGUAACGAAUUCACAAAACUUGAGUGUUUGUGUCAUAGAACAUGAUGCUUAUUAAUAUUCAUGAACAUUUUGAAUUGACAAGUGGCACAAUUUGCAAUUCUAACAUGACCCAAUUCAUUUUUCUAUUAAACAAAGAAGGCUGAAAUUUGUGUGUGCAUUUUUCUGAGUCACAAUUAUUAUGUUAUAGCAUUAAAUAGCAUAGCAGUGCGCUGGAAAAGAAACCAACAGAAAAACAGGAUAUAUUUGGUCCGUCAAGGAUAUACAUAAUAAUCAUCGAUAAGGUAUUAGAAUUGAAAUAACAUAAUUGAGCCGUGCCAUGGGAAAACCAACAUAGUGGCUUUGCGACCAGCAUGGAUCCAGACCAGCCUGCGCAUCUGCGCAGUCUGGUCAGGAUCCAUGCUGUUCACUAACAGUUUCUCUAAUUGCAAAAGGCUUUGAAAGCGAACAGCAUGGAUCCUGACCAGACUGCGUGGAUGCGCAGGCUGGUCUGGAUCCAUGCUGGUCGCAAAGCCACUAUGUUGGUUUUCUCAUGGCACGGCUCAUUUCUCAAACAGUGAUUUGAUCUUGUAUAAAAUCAUUGUUUGUCAUUUAGUUGAUUUAUUUUAUGAUAUCAUUAUAUAAUUCCUUUGCAUUCCUUCAAACAAUGAUUUUAUUCAAUGACAAAUCACUGUUUCGGGUGUAUCAUUUCUUGAUUAUUAGAAAAAUAAAAACCAUUGCAAAUAUUACCCAAUCGGCUUACAUUCAUCUCGAUGUCGCUGAACUUACUUAAAGUUUCUUAGCGCACCUCUCUCUUACCUAUCAACAUUAAUGGAUAUCUAUCAACAUUAAUGGAUAUCCAAUCUUGUUACGUCUUUUUUUCCUAAGGUUUUUAUCUUAUAUGAGAAGCUUUUACAGCCAUCUUGGAAAAUUAUGUGGCAAUUAUUUUUGUUUAAAAGCAGAAGCGUUGAUUAAUAUAAUUUUACUGUUAUUGAAUGUUCCCCCAAAGCAGCUUUACGAAGGUAAUCGCUACCAUUAUGGAAUAAUAUACUUUAAUUUCGAAGGAAAAUAGUUCCUCAAAUAGUUCCAUAAAAAAAAUGAAAGGAAUCUCAAGAUUUUGAUGUUGUCUGUUGACAGGAAGAUUGCUAUAUGGUGUUGUCUUGGGUCUACAAUUACUGGAGAAUUAAAGGAAAAAUAGUUUCUUAGGAAGCAAUAGAACAGAACAAAGGGAUUAAUGUAACAACUAGACACAUUCUAAAUGGUAUUAUAACAGAUUAUGUUCACUGGGAGCUUCUUACUGCUAUAAAUGCUACAGACCCUGACUAAUUACACAUUAGAAACAUUGCACUGAGUUCUGUUUUUGUACUUUUUCAAGUCAUAAUAACAUUUUAGGGAAUUGUUGACAAAGUCUGACAUAAGCUGUGAUUACUGUUUAAUUCAGCUAUUUUGCGUUCAGUCCUUUCAAAUUCUAUAGGUACAGUUUUUAUAUUACCAAUGACUUAAAUAAAAUGGAUCUGUUACUCACUGCUACAAAUAAUGAGAAAAGCUCAGAGUUUCUCUAUCAGAUAGUGGUAUGGUGUCAAAAAAGUCCACUUUUUUUUUUAGGUAACCCGGACCCAAUUUUUAACAAGGCUUGUUAUAUACCGCAAUGUUUGUAAAUGUUUUAUAUUCUGAAAGACCUUUACACUGUUUUUGCGAUAUAAGAUAACAUUUCUUCUUUAUGUCAGUGUUUUUCCAUAGACUUGCAGUAUGAGAAAUGACUGUAGAAAUGUGAAUCUUUCAGUAGUAGAGCCUGUCUUUUAUUUAGGCUUAUCCAAUCCAGUUGUACUUCAGACACACCUACCAGCUUAGACUGGCAUCAGUCGUUAGAGUCAUUGAAUGUAAAGCACCUGGCCAUAAAAUCAAUCCUCUCUGAUACCACUUUCUAAAAAAAUUUACAAUAUAUCUUGCCUCUGUCUCUCUGUUGAGAUGAGCCUAGAGAGAAAAUGUUUUUCUGAGAAAAUAAUUUAGUGUCAGUGUGAAGAAAUUAAUAUUAUUACAGACUACUUGAUCUCAACAGACUUUGUAAGUCUACUACCAGCUUUGUUGAACAACAUUUAGAGGUAAAGUGUCAACUGACACAUACUAUUCUAAAGAGACAAUUAAAAAGUCAUGUGUGCAAUCAGACACUUGUAAAAUAUUCUGAUUUCACAGAAAACAUUUUGUUGCUUGGUUUUGAGACCAAUAUUACGAUACAUUUUAUUGCUUGAUUUUGAGACCAAUAUUACGAUUAUGAAUGUUAGCUUUUGUCUCAUUGUCUCUUACGGGUUUCUCUACACCUUUUUCAACCAAUCCAAGACCACUUUUCAAUCCUGCAGUUAUCCACUUUCUUCACUGAGGUGACAGAUUUGCUAAACACCAUUUGGCCAUUAUCAUUUCUCUUGUAGUUGGAUAAUCUAAUAAAAUUCCACCGCCCUUGACUUGUGGCAGUAAUCCCCGCAGAUUUCUGACCUCUCUCCAGUCGCAGGAAUAUUUACGCUAUUAAUCCAAUCAAAUUUCACUGCCCUUGACUUGUGGCAGUAAUCCCUGGUGAUUUCUAGCUAGAGCUGAUUUUUGUGUGAAAAGUUAUGUGCAUUCAUUUACAAAUUGCUUUGAAGUUUUGUCAUAAUAAAAUCUGAACAUCGCGUGGCUGAACUGCCUGAACACAGCUUACUGGUCUGUGUGGAUAAAGUUGAAGUAAAUGGAUCUGUUUUAUUCGCCAUAAAAUAGUUAUAAAAAAACCCGAAGGCUUCCGUGAAUGAGUGGUUUAGGUCACAGACUUCAAACCACUUACCCAUCACAGCUGUGCAUUGAAAACCUCACAUGGGGUCUAGAAUACUUCCAUGUAAGGAAGCCGUCCAGCUGGCUUGCAGAAGGUUAGUGGUUCUACCAAAGUACUUGUCUGUAAUGAAGUAAUUCCCAGGGGCACCAACAAAAGCAGCUGGAAUGUUGCCAUAUUACCUAAAUGACACCUAUUUUGGUGUGACAUUAAAUCCAUGGAAGUAAAAAAAGGUCAUAAGAAAUAAAAACUACAUAAAGAUUUCAAUAGAUUUUUUGAAAAAUCACUUUGGAAAUUGGUAAGUAGAAAAUACAUGUAUGUUACUGUAUAUGUAAUCAAACUAUUUAAUGCAAACACACACAUAAAUAAAAAAAAAGAAAAAAAAAAAGAAAAAUUCAGUAGACAGGAUUUGAAUUGUCCAGAAAUAAAAUUUGGCCAACAUCCACAAAUUACGUCCUGUAUGCCUAUUUUGGCUGAAGUAAAAGCUUUUCAAUGAUUUUUAAGUAUAAUAUAAUCUUGAGGGGUGAAGUGCAGGAGGGGUUAAAAACUAUACGUAACAUUGUGUAUUUCCAGCCAAAAACGCCAUACUAUGGGUUCGGUUUUGAGCUUUUCUAUAUUCCCCACAAGAAACCCAUAUGGGAGACUGAUGCUGAAGACCAGUAAUUUAAGUGGGAGGAUAGUGCAAGACACACUUCAGUUGAUACUGAAGACACUUCUGCAGCUAUUCAUCCUCCACCUCUGAUUCAUGUGGGGAAGUUGGCAAUUACUUGCGAAGAACAAGUUAAUCCUGGUACAAAAUCCAGGAACACUGUUUAGGGUAUUGCCUGCUGUUACAUAAAAUUUAUGAUAUGCUUUUGAAAAAUGGUUCUUAACCCAAAACAAAAAUCAAUUCCAGAUGCUUCCCUGUUGCUUUUUUUGUGUGUGUACCAGGAGUAAAGUACCAUACACAGGACUCUUACCUCGAUGUUAGCAAUUUUAGUUGGAGGAGCGUGGUCUCAGACUCAGGACCUCAGUUGUGGAGUCAGACUAUGUUGUCACUGGACCACUAUGUCCGCUCUAAUAGGGGUAUACAAUGUAUCUUCAAUACUAUUUGAGGGGGGUAGGGAAAUUAAAGGGUACACCACUGGGUUUUAAAAGUUGAAGAUUUAAACCAACUUCCUGGAACCAUUUUUGGACUAUUAAGGAUUUUUGUAUUUCUGAUAAAUGAUGAUAACAUGGAUAGUCUUGCCAGCUUUUCCUGAGUAGUUUAUUUAGAUAUUGUUGAUAACAUAUCUGUGCUUCUAUUCUAGUUUUGGUAUUGGCUAUUGCUAAUAAACUUUAUUAUUGUUGUCAUAGCAAUGAAAAUUAUAUUUGAUAACUUGUAUUUAUGCUUUUGUACGUUUUCAUAUACUUUCAUUAAUUAAUUUAUUUUUAUGUCUGCUAGAUUGCUAGUUUGGUGUUGCAUAUAAAAAAUUUUACAGGAAUAUUUAGGUGACGCAGAAUCCAUAUAAGAGAUUACUGUAAAAUUGUCUAAUUUUAUCAAUAUUAUAAAUUUGUGGUUUCACGCUAUUUCACAAGCAAAUUCAUUUUAUGGAAUUUAUAUUUUUUAAAGAUAAGAUAAAUGGGAAUUUUUUUAUUUAUUUAUUGAUAAGGAUUAAUUUUGUAGAUACAUGUAACCCUGAAAUUCAAGAAAAUUAACUGCAAUGAAUAAAUGAUUUCACAGCAGUUUGAGAUAUUCAGGGAGAAGCUGUCCAGUCUAUAGUCAGUGGUAUGGAGUAUUAACACACAUACAUUGUAUUUUUAUAUUCUUGUAUAGUACUGCUCAAUGUUUUGAAAGGCACAUUAAAUUUGUGUAUGCUUUGCACUUCUUUUCUUGUUAUUCUCUUUGAUGGAGAGUACCGAUCACUACAUUUGUAUGCAAGGGAGACUACUGUUAUGGAAUAACUUUUUCAACACUGUUAGAGUGCUAGAAACUUGGCGUUAUGUUCGUCAUAUUACUACCAUGCAAUGUUUUUCCUCAUGGGCUUCUUAGCCUAAUGGAAUGAAAUAUAAUAAACUAUUUGUAAACUAUU